AUGAUUUCAGAUGAAGGUAAAACUAGCAAAACUGAUGGAAUUUUGGCUAAUGAUUCCAACGACAAUGAUCUACUGCAAGGUCUAAUCCAAGUCUAGAGUGAAUAUGUAGUUAAUACUCUUUACCCAACAUUGAAAGAAGCCAUUAAACUAUAUUUAAUUGAAGCAUAAAGAAAUGGACAUUUUCAAGAAUUUUUAAGUAAACAAGGACUUUGUAGUAAAUCAAGCGAGCAUGAUGAUCCAUUCAAAGGAUAUGCUUUUAAAACUUCACAGCCCACAUAAAGAGUUGACAUGUCAUCUAAAAGAAGCACCUUUGGAGCUACCAGAUUUAGGUCCGGAUCUCUACCGAUAGACCAAAAUGUUCAAUCUUUUUAAUCUAAUUUUGAGCCACUUGAAUGCUUCAAAGAUAUCCUGAAUGAACUCAGCAAACACAAACUUCAAUCAAAUGAAGAUAGUAAUAAAUUCAAGACACCAGUUAAGCCUUCUGAAAGCUAUCUUCAAAGUAAGAGAAGAUCUGUGUUUUCUAGACCAUAUUAAACUGUUUUAGAAAUGGAGGAGUUCAACCCACCAGUGUAUUAAAAGACUCAGGAUCAGCUUGAAAAGCUAACGAAUGUUCUAAAAAACUCUUUCCUGACUAAAAACCUAACCUAAUUUGAGCUAAAAAUUAUUGCUGAUGCUAUGUUCCUUAAGUAAUUCAAGAGAAAUGAGCUGAUAAUUAAAUAUGGAGAUCUUGGCCAUGAGUACUUCAUAUUAGAUUAGGGAUAAAUAGAGGUAAUUGUUUAUAAAGAGGGAACUGACCCAAAUGAUCCUGAAAUAAGAAAGAAAAUAUAAAAUUCCAGAUUUAUCCCACCUGGUGUAGGGUUCGGUGAGAUCGCCUUGCUUUAUAAUGACAAGAGGACUGCUUCAAUUAGAGCAGCUGUUGAUUGCAAUGUCUGGGUCCUUGAGGGAAAAGUAUUUAAAAAUAUCAUAAUCAAAUCUACAAUUAAAAGAAGAAACAUUGAAUUAUCAUUCCUAGACAAAGUAGAUCUUUUUGCUAAGCUUGAAAGAUAUGAGAAAUUGAAGCUCAUAGAUGGGCUUGAGCCUAAAAAAUAUUAUUAAACUGAUUUUAUCUUCGAAGAGGGAGAGGAUGGUGACUAUUUUUACAUUAUUGAAGAUGGAGAAGUUGAGUGUUUGAAAAAUUCUCAAUGCGAGCCUUUGGAAUACAUAAAUGUAAGAAACCUAAAAUCAGGAGAACAUUUCGGUGAAUUGGCUCUAAUCAACAAUUAAAAAAGAUCACUAUCAGUAAGAGUAAUCUCUGUUGAAUGCAAAGUACUUCGCUUAAACACAGACGCCUUCAACCGUAUUCUUGGAGAUAUCAAUAUCUAACUUAGAAAGAAUUAUGAUGGUGAAUUCGAUAGAAAAUUCUCUUAGCUUACCCCUUAUAUUUUGAGUAGAAACACAAUUUCGACAGUCAUAGAAGAUAUUGAACAUGAAGAUCAGUUCAAAAAUAUGGGUGACAUUGAGGAAUCACUUAUCAGAUGA